UUUUUUUUUUUUUUUUUUUUUUUAAUUACAAAACUAUUCGCAUUGCUUCCUUGUUUACUUGUCUGGGGUAACAUUCCUUUUAGAAGACGACAUUUUUUCCAGUCUGGUAACUCACAAAAAUAAUUUACAAAGAUUAUCGACUCGAGUUGCCAUUAAAACCUGGGUUUAGUUGUCUUGUCUGAAUGGCCACAGCUUUAGAGGAGCCUCCAGGUCUUCAGGGCCAAACUCUCAAUCCAUCAGGGACCAGAAAAAAUGCUUCUGCAGAGGGUUCGAGCAUCGUCAUGUCUCCGGCCAUGAAAAAAACCAUCGGCCAUCGUGGGAUUGAUCCCACAGGGGAGACGACAUACAAAAAGACAAGAUCCUCUGCUCUGAAAGGGGCAAUACAGCUGGGUAUCACAUACACAGUGGGCAGCUUGAGCCAAAAACCUGAGCGAGAUGUUCUACUGCAGGACUUUGAGGUGGUGGAAAGCAUCUUCUUUCCCAAUGAGGGCAGUAACCUGACACCAGCUCACCACUAUGGAGACUUCAGGUUCAAAACGUACGCUCCAAUUGCCUUUCGCUACUUCAGAGAGAUGUUUGGCAUACGCCCCGAUGACUACAUGUACUCUCUGUGCAACGAGCCACUAAUUGAGCUGUCGAACUCCGGGGCCAGUGGAUCUCUGUUUUACGUUUCUAGCGAUGAUGAAUUCAUUAUCAAGACUGUGCAGCACAAAGAGGCAGAGUUUCUACAGAAACUUCUGCCCGGAUACUUUAUGAAUCUGAACCAAAACAAGAGGACCUUGUUGCCCAAGUUUUAUGGGCUGUACUGCAUGCAGACAGGUGGCAAAAACAUCCGUAUUGUAGUCAUGAACAAUUUGCUCCCCAGUGCGGUAACAAUGCACCAAAAGUUUGAUCUCAAGGGCUCUACCUAUAAGCGACGAGCUUCGCCYAAAGAGAGAGAGAAAGCCGUGCCCACAUACAAAGACCUGGACUUUAUUCAGGACAUGACAGGGGGCCUGUUACUCGAGGGGGACAAGUACAAUGCUGUUUGUAAGACCAUCCAGAGAGACUGUUUGCUUUUGCAGAGUUUCAAAAUUAUGGACUACAGCCUUCUAGUAGGAAUUCACAACUUAGAUCAGGCCUGUCGAGAAAGGGCCAGCCAAGAGGCAGCUGCUUUGGACCAAAGGAGGCCACAAGUCCAAAAAUCUUUGUAUAGUACAGCUAUCGAGGCCAUUCAGGCUGAGUCAGGAGGCGUGGGAUCAAUGGAGCCAGCGGACACGACUGGAGGAAUUCCAGCACGAAACUCGAAAGGCGAGAGGCUGCUGGUGUACACAGGCAUUAUUGACAUUCUGCAGUCCUACAGAUUUGUAAAGAAGCUUGAACAUUCCUGGAAAGCCCUGGUUCAUGAUGGGGACACAGUAUCAGUUCACAAGCCAGGUUUCUACUCAGAAAGAUUUCAGAGGUUCAUGUUGAACACGGUCUUCAAAAGGUUGCCAAUGAGGUCUUCCCCGACUAAGAAGCGCCGUGCUAAUGGUCCUAUGAAAAAGCCUGCUGGUCCUGGGGCUUUUCUGUUGACCCAAACUGGCAACCACUCACUCUCACUCCAACACCAAACCAGCUCUGACACCUUAGAGGACAGYGAUGGAAGUUUUGUCUUGCCGUCAGGUCGCCCUGACCUCCUCCCACAGAUGCUACCACCCAGCAUCCCUGUUGACUACACUCCUGAAGCCUCGGCUUCUACCUCCCUGCUUAGCUCAGGGUUUGCUCCCACAACACAUUCCCCAGCUCACUCCCAGGAAACCUCAGAGUCGGGGGGAGGAAGUGAAAAUAAGGCAAAGCUUAAAGACCAGGAAGCAAGCUCUCCCGUAAGAGCUCAGUUUUCCCUUGAAGCAAGUAUUGGUACUGAGGAUUCAACCUCACUCGAUGAUACAGGUUGUAACGAGAGCCAGUCAUUUGUGUAAAUGUGGAAAGAUGAACAGGACUCGAAUGAACCAAAAAGAACAGAGUUUGUUCUAAACAAGGUUGAAAGAAUACAUCCACCUUCAAAAUAAAAGCCUCGUAGUGUAUCACUGAGACAAAGCGGUAUAGUUAUAUUUGUUCCUGUUCUUUGCACUUUGAUAAACAAUUGUGUUUUGACUUUAUUACUUGUGGGGACAUUAAUGUGGUGGGUGUUGCACAUUAUCAUUCCUUUAUAUAAACGUUCCUGUAUUAACAACCAGUUGUUAUUGUUGUUUUGGUCCUGAUUUUCUCAUUAAUGCCAACGUUCAUGAGGGCUGAGUGUUUCUUGUGUGCAGAAAAGUCGUUCAAGUAUUCUUUCCUUUUACAGGUUUUGUAUUUACCAUAUUCCUGAAUCUCUCAAUCAGACUGCUUAUAAAAAGAUGUGUUUAGAGUGAUGACAUCAUCUGGUGUAGUCAGUCUGCAGCAUCAGAUUUGACAUCACAUCAUCUUGAUGUUUUAGGAACCAGAAGAGAUAAAGAUAAAACCAAAAGAUGAAACGUCAGUGAUUAAAAAACUGAUUGGAUAAAACUGUAUUUUUGAGGUGUAAUAAUUAAAAUGUAUUUAAACAUGCUGAAAAAGAGAGUGAAUUUAACUAUUGGUGCCAAAAGGACUUGGGAAAAAUGUUUCAGAAAAUAGAUUAUAUUAUUUUUAAAUAUCUUUUUUGUGAAUGACCCCUGGUGGUUAUGGGUGGUACUGCGGUUUGUUCUUCCACUCAGUUUUUACUCCUAAAGCAAGAAGACAUCCAUCUUUUAUUUACAGUUUAUACCCCUAAAGGGGUCAAAUCUGUUUACACCCACCUGUUUUGUUUGUUUAGAUGCUUUACCACAAAUUAUAUUAGUUGUUUUGGGAGCACAUGUUUUAAAAAUAGGGUCUUUUGUUGAAAAAAAAAUACUGUACUCAUUCGUGUUAAAAUGCUGUAAAGAUAUUUUUAAAUACUUACUGUUAAUGUAAAAAAAUGCUGGAAAAAGACGUGACCCUCAGCUUAGGCAUUUUAUUUAAACUCAUUUUCUAAUGAACUUAUACUACUAUAGGGGCUGUGAAUCCUAACAAGAGCAAAACAAUAUUUUAAGAGGAUUUCUAUGUGUUUUAUACUCGUAUGGUAGCUUGAGUACAUGUGAAUAGAGAGACUGAUAGGUGGCGAUGAAGCACAAAAACUAAAUGGGGCCUAUUUCAUGAAACAAGACUACUGAGUUUAUAAGUGUUGUUUGGUCCUGAUCUUGUACUUUCUUCUUUUUUUCCUCACGUUUGCUCAAACUAAAGUGCUUCUCAAGUAUUUAAAGCCACUGAUCAAACCUUUAAAGAGGAAGUUUUUUUUUCUUUUUGUUGGGUGUUUUUACUAAUUGUUAAAAAUACCAAAGAGCAUGUUGCAAGCUGGCACAAUCAGUUUGUUUUUACUCUAAUUACCUCCACUAAGGUUAUUUUUGUUGUUGUUCAUAGCAUUACUCAGAACUCUACAAAUGUAUUUACAUCAAAAUAAACAUCUUUUACUAAAGAUGUGUGGCCCAAACCUGAAAUGACUUCAGAGUUACUUUUUGAUGUUGGUAUCUUUUUUGUUAUUUCAUCUGUCUGUGUGCAGAAGUUCUUGUUUAUGUGAUUUAAAAUAAUUUAAUAGCAGUCUAAUCUGCUUUUUUGUGCCUUUGUAAAAUAUGAGCUCUAAAUAAAACUUACUGCCUCAAAACA